UGUAUGCAGCCGUAGCCACUUAAAAAAAAAACAUUGUGCGUUUUUAUCUAAAUUUCGCGCCAUUGUAUCAUGACAAAGGACACGAGUUAGUCGGCGUUAAUUUGAAAAAUGUUCACGGAUUAUUUUGUCAUUGUUCGCUAAAUAGGGAAAUACUAUAGCAGAUGCCAAUGGCAAGGAACGUUUGAUUCUUGAAUGAUGGCAGUCGUUUAACUUUUUCCGAAGAUGAUUUUUUGAAAAUGUGUCAUGUGCGUGUUUUGUUUUUGUGUUUUAUUCUUAAUUUGUGUGUGAAAUGUGACGAUCCGCGGGCGGAAAUAGGAUAUCCGAAAGGCUUGAUGUCAGUAUGUCCCGGAUCAACAAAACCGGCAUCCAUACCUCGCAGUCAGUUGAGGUACUUACAUUUUGUGGUUCAAGGGCAAGGAAGUCGGCAGAAAUAUACCUACUGGACGGCGAAGAACAUUGCCAAGGAUCCUCGUGUAGAUUUCCAAAGAAAAACUAUAGUGGUAGCGAUCGGGUAUUUGGACAGUACGAAUUUCCCAAUAUCUUCUCUGUUGACCAAUGAAUACAUUGCAAGGGGGUAUAAUGUCAUCCUUAUUGAUAACCAAAGAUUCGCUACUGUACAUUAUUAUCUAGCAACGCGCCUGAUGCGGCCAGUAGGCAAACACGUCGCAGAGAUUCUAGUGGAACUAUCGAAAUAUGGCCUAGAUCCUUCCAAAUUAGAACUCCUAGGCUUCAGUCUGGGCGGUCAAACAGUCAGCUACAUAGCCCGAAACUACCAAUUAUUCACGGGAAGAAAUAUAUCCCGAAUAACCGCUUUAGAACCUGCAGGACCAUGCUUUAGGUCCCUAAAAUCUACAGACAGACUUGACGCAUCCAACGCAGAUUUCGUUCAAGUUAUCCAUACAAAUAUAGAUGGUUAUGGCAUGGCGAAUAGAAUGGGACACGUAGAUUUCUAUGUUAAUGGUGGGGAAUUCCAACCGGCUGAUAUAAACUUCUUUCCGUGCACCGCAACUUGCAGCCAUUUCAGGGUUUUGGCGCUCUGGGCAAUGGCUAUGAAGAAUCCGACGAAAUUUAUAGCUGUAAAGUGCAAAAAUAUCCAAGAAGCUAGGGAUGAAAUGUGCUAUGAUAAAUUUCCUUUGGUGACUAAUGUCAUGGGCCCAGACAUAGAUGUCAAUAAGCAGGGUAUUUUUUAUUUAGCGACGAGUAAAAGCUAUCCAUUUUAUCUUGGCGAGGAUGGAGUUAAGCCGGAAUUCGCUGCGUGGAAAAGUAUCAGCAAUAUUAAUGAGGGUAAUGAAACGGAAAUAUAUACGUAGUCUGCUAA